AUGCCGUCUCAGCGUCCAUCAUCUUCUAAGGGUCCGGCCUCGACUUCCGGGGGAACGAAUGCAACAGCACCUCGUCCUUCGUCUCGAGGCGGCAGUCCCAAACGAGCGGCGACCGCCGAGGGUCCCGAGGGCGUGGGCGAAGUGCACAUGGUGUUGAAGAGGCAGUAUAUCACGUACGCCAACGGCCAUAUGUACUACCGCAAAUACGAUACCGCGAAAAAAGCUUUCGGAGCAUGGGAAUCGGUCAAAGACAAGGUUGUCUCCAGCGCAUCCGACGGCCUGAAGACGCUGUCCGUCGUGCGUCAGAGGCAGGCACCGCCAAAGGGGCCCCACUGGUCUUUGUUUGUCCACGAGAACGAAUCCGACAAGGCCGGGGGCAGGGUCUGGCAGGUCUGGGGGGACCACCAGUGCAUGACAUACUACCACAGUCCGGCGACCAAGCUAGUUCCCCUGCUCUCGUCCGACUCGUAUCAGGACCAUCACCCUAUGAACACGCGCCUUACGAAGGAGCAGGAAGCAAAGGUUGACAGAGUCUGCAAUACGAUCCCGGCACCGAGCGCGCCGACUCCCAGAGACAUCAAGGACAAUUGUCGUACAUGGGUGAUCAAAGUCCUGAGGGAACUGGUCAAUCAAGGGGUUGUGAAGAAAGACGACGUGGAUAAUGUCGAAAAGCUUGUGGGGCCAGCGGCUGCUGAAGCUUUCAGCGGGUCUGAUAGUUGA